AUGAAUGGGCUCGAGGCCACCUCCUCUUCCCCCAGUCUGCCCGCCAACGCCUCUUUGGCCAUCCUCGGGGAGUGCGGGCAGGAGACGCCGCUGGAGAACGUGCUGUUCGCCUGCUUCUACCUGCUGGACAUCCUCUUGGCUUUCGCGGGCAAUGCCCUGGCCCUGUGGCUGUUCAUCCGGGAUCACAAGUCGGGUACCCCAGCGAACGUGUUCCUGAUGCACCUGGCUGUGGCCGACCUGUCCUGCGUGCUGGUGCUGCCCAUGCGCCUGGUCUACCACUUUUCCGGCAGCCACUGGCCCUUCGGCGAGAUCCCGUGCCGGCUCACCGGCUUCCUCUUCUACCUCAACAUGUACGCCAGCAUCUACUUCCUCACCUGCAUCAGCGUCGAUCGCUUCCUGGCCAUCGUGCACCCAGUCAAAUCUCUCAAGCUGCGCCGGCCGCUCUAUGCCCACCUGGCCUGCGCCUUCCUCUGGGUGGUGGUGGCCGUGGCCAUGGCCCCACUGCUGGUGAGUCCGCAGACCGUGCAGACCAAUGGCACGGUCGUCUGCCUGCAGCUGUACCGGGAGAAGGCCUCACACAACGCGCUGGCUUCGCUGGCCGUAGCCUUCACCUUCCCCUUCGUCACCACAGUCACCUGCUACCUGCUGAUCAUCCGCAGCCUGCGUCAGGGCCCCCGCGUGGAGAAGCGGCUCAAAAACAAGGCGGUGCGCAUGAUCGCGAUGGUGCUGGCCAUCUUCCUGAUCUGCUUCGUGCCCUACCACGUCCACCGCUCCAUCUACGUGCUGCAAUACCGCCGCGGCCACACUACCUGCGCGGCCCAGCGCGCCCUGGCCCUGGGCAAUCGCAUCACUUCCUGCCUCACCAGCCUCAACGGGGCCCUGGACCCUGUUAUGUACUUCUUCGUGGCUGAGAAGUUCCGCCAUACUCUGUACAGCCUGCUGUGCGGCAAGAAGCCCGGCGGCCCGACCCCGAGCUUGGAGGCAAAGACCAACGAGAGCUCGCUGAGCGCCAGGUCCGAGCUGUGA